AUGGCACCAAAUGAGAAUUCGAAUGGUUCGGAGUCUUUGCCUGUCUCAUCCUCAUCAGGGACCAACCCACGGCCUAUGACCCUGUCUUUGGACGACAUUAGUUCGCCGAUAGAACAAGAGAGUGAUUUGGGUGGUGCCCCGCCUAGUCCCAGCACACUUACUGAUAUUAUUCUGUCGUUGCAUGGCUCACUCUAUGGUGCGAAGCGCCAGAUUUGCGAGAUCCAUGAAAUGGUUCGACGAUAUUACGACAGCAAUGCAGUAUUUGACAGUCCGCUGGUUUCUGCGCAUGGCCGUGACCGCAUCAUUGAUCAAUUUGUGCUAGCCUUUGCGCUGCCGCUUCUUCAUGUGCGUUCAGAGCUACGUGAUGUGAUAUGCAGUGACUUUGAGUUUGAUGGUACCCGAGCCGGUAUCAUUCACCAUACGAUCACCGUCACGUUGUUCCCGCAUUUAUUCGGCUUGCCGACUACUUCGUCGAGUCAAGAUUUGUUCACGCCAGGCACAGCCACGAGUUUUGGCGGAAAUACGCCUCUUCCGUACUUUAACAAUAAUCCUGUGUCUGCGAGUGAGACGUCAGGGCAUUCAAUUCGCCGGCGGAGCUCGCUGCAAAACUUUGCGAGUCCACGAGAUUCAGGUACACCGCAGGAUCUGAAUCGGUCUGCGUCCAUCUCAUCGUUGCGAGCUCGGACACUUCCGGGGGGCGUGUCGUCAUCGCACUUGCCGCGCCCCCUGUCUCUGGGUCCAAGUGCCUUGGAAGUCUCUGUAUCGUCGAAGGCACAAGACGUUUCUGAGACUAUGCCCUCGCCGUCUGUGCCUUCCAUGCCAGUGGAUGCAGCGAAGAAGCAUUGGAAUGCCCCGCCGGGGCUGGGGCGAAGAUCGCUGUUUGCCCUGAUCAUGGAUGUUGUGUUUCCAUCAGAUGCGCUCCGUGCGAUGUUUUCCAUCGAGCUGAGUCUGUUCAGCCGACUCGAGUUUAACGAAAUGGGUCGCAUUGUGCGACAUGAAGACACAUGGAGUGUGCGGGAAUUGGUGGUCGGCAUACUUCCUUUCUUUUCUCUAUUCUACAAUAUCCAGCGCUUUAUCUUCGGCCUGUUUGUUUCAUGGUGGGUUCGUUUCCGUCAGGAGACCUUGGCAUCCUAA